GCUGCUAGUUUUGAUCGAACUUGUUGAAAUCAACUUUCUGUGCUUGCUGGCUGUGGUCGUGGCGCACGGUCUGGCCCGUCCGAGCUUGUCUGAGAGGGUCACUGGAUGUAUGAGCGCGUUGUCCAAUUGUGCAAGCAACAUUCCGCUCAUCGGCGGUGGUUCCGAGACCGACAAGACCGAUGGCGCUGGAACUGACGGAGUUGACGUCGAUGUAACUGGCAUUGAUGGUACCGGAACCGAUGGGGCCGGAAUCGACGGUACCGGAACAGACGGCGCCGGAUCAGGCGGUAUCGGAGUAAACGGCACAGACGGCACCGGAACCGACGGAGCCGGAAUCGACGGUACCGGAAUAGACGGAACUGACGGAGCCGGAUCAGGCGGUAUCGGAGUUAACGGCACAGACGGCACCGGAACCGACGGAGCCGGAAUCGACGGUGCCGGAAUAGACGGCACAGAUGGUACCGGAACCGACGGUGCCGGAACAGUCCCAGACAUCCAAGACUUAGUGGAAGUUCCUCUCUGCAUGGAUGACGACUGCACCAUCGAUGGUAGCAGUGGUCCGGAGGAGGUUGGAGGUGCUAAUGGAGAGUCUAGUCACGAAACCAACAAUCCUAGCCCUACGGAUCCGGAGGAGUAACACUCACCUCUGAAAUAAAGAUUUUAAGAACUCUGUU